AAGGAAGAUCUGGGCAGGUUGGCUGGGAGAAAAGCCAUUGCAGCUCAAAACUGGGAAAGGAAAGGAAACGCAGACCUUUGAUACUUACUACGUGGCGUAGGUCUGAGAUUUGCUUCAGCUGUUUAUGCCGGGAGCUGUGACUGUGACCAAUAUUUAUGAAAGACGUGUUCUGAAGAAGCUAUGGAGGCUGCAGGGUUGUACUGCUGGAGACAAAGGCAAGUCCUGUUUCUCUUUCUGUUUGGGGGAGUAUCCUUGGCAGGUUCUGGGUUUGGACAAUAUUCGGUGUUAGAGGAAACAGAGAGAGGAUCCUUGGUGGUCAAUCUGGCUAAAGAUCUAGGGCUAGGGGAUCAGGAGCUGGUCGCAAGGGGACCCCGGGUGGUGUGUGAUGAUAACAAACAACACUUGCUCCUGAAUUCUCAGACUGGGGAUUUGCUCACGAAUGAGAAACUGGACCGGGAGAAGCUGUGUGGCAUCACAGAGCCCUGUAUGCUGUAUUUCCAAAUUUUAAUGGAUAAACCCUUUCAGAUUUACCAGGCUGAGCUGAGGGUGAGGGAUAUAAAUGAUCAUUCACCAGUGUUUCAAGACAAAGAGAUGAUCUUAAAAAUAUUAGAAAAUACAGCUGAAGGUAAAGUAUUUCGACUAGAAAGAGCACAGGAUUCAGAUGGAGGACUUAAUGGUAUCCAAAACUACACCAUCAACCACAACUCCUUUUUCCAUAUUAAAAUUAGUGACAAUGAUGGCAUUAUAUAUCCAGAACUAGUGUUGGACAAGGCGCUGGAUCGGGAGAAGCAUCACGAGCUCAGUUUAACACUCACGGCACUGGAUGGUGGGUCUCCCCCCAGGUCUGGGACCACCAUUAUACGCAUUGUGAUCCUGGACAUCAAUGACAAUGCUCCACAGUUUUCUCAGGCCAUCUAUGAGACCCAGGCUCUGGAGAACAGCCCAGUAGGGUCCCCUAUUGCGAAAGUCUCUGCAGGAGAUUUGGACUCUGGAGUGAAUGCAGACAUAUCCUAUUCAUUUUUUGAUGCUUCUGAAGAUAUUCGAACAACCUUUCAAAUCAAUCCUUUUUCUGGGGAAAUCGUUCUCAGAUUAUUGCUUGAUUACGAGCUAGUAAAGUCUUACAAGAUAAAUAUACAGGCAAUCGAUGGGGGGGGGCUUUCUGCAACAUGUACCGUUUUGGUAGAGGUACUGGACACCAAUGACAAUCCUCCUGAACUGAUCGUGUCAUCACUUUCCAACUAUAUUGCUGAGAACUCUCCUGAGACUGUAUUGGCUGUUUUUAGGAUUAAAGACAAAGACUCUGGACAAAAUGGAAAGACAGAGUGCUCCAUCCAAGACAAUCUCCCCUUCGUCCUGAGGCCAUCAGUCGAUAAUUACUACACUCUGGUAACAGAAGGACCCCUGGACAGAGAGAGCCAAGCCGAGUACAACAUCACCAUCACCGUCACCGACCUGGGGACACCCAGGCUGAAGAGCGAGCACAGCAUCUCCGUGCAGGUGGCCGACGUCAACGACAACGCCCCGGCCUUCAGCCAAAGCGCCUACACCCUGUGGGUCCGCGAGAACAACGGCCCCGCCCUGCACAUCGGCAGCGUGAGCGCCACCGACCCGGACUCGGGCGCCAACGCGCAGGUCACCUACUCGCUGCUGCCGCCCGGCGACGCGCGCCUGCCGCUGGCCUCGCUGGUGUCCAUCAGCGCGGACACCGGGCAGCUGUUCGCGCUGAGGCCCCUGGAUUUCGAGGCGCUGCGCGCCUUCGAGUUCGGCGUGGGCGCGGCCGACGGCGGCUCGCCGGCGCUGAGCAGCCGGGCGCUGGUGCGCGUGCAGGUGCUGGACGCCAACGACAACGCGCCCGUCGUGCUGUACCCGCCGCAGAACGGCUCUGCGCCCUGCACCGAGCUGGUGCCGCGCGCGGCCGACGCGGGCUACCUGGUGACCAAGGUGGUGGCGGUGGACGGCGACUCGGGCCAGAACGCCUGGCUGUCGUACCAGCUGCUCAGGGCCACGGAGCCCGGGCUGUUCGGCGUGUGGGCGCCCAGCGGCGAGGUGCGCACGGCCCGGCAGCUGAGCGAGCGCGACGCGCCCAGGCACAGGCUGGCGGUGCUGGUGCGCGACCACGGCGAGCCGCCGCUGUCGGCCACCGUCACGCUGCACGUGCUGCUGGUGGACGGCUUCUCGCAGCCCCACCUGCCGCGGGCCGAGGCGGCGGCCGAGCAGGCGCGGGCCGAGCCGCUCACCGUGUCCUUGGUGGUGGCCCUGGCGGCGGUGUCGUCGCUCUUCCUGCUGUCGGUGCUGGGCGUCGUGGCGGCGCGGCUGUGCGCGAGGGCCCGGGCGGCGUCUGCGGGGGUCUGCUCGGGGCUCGGGGGCGGCCUUGCGGGCCACCUGGUGGACGUGAGCGGCGGCGGGACGCUGUGCCAGGCCUACCGCUAUGAGGUGUGCCUGUCGGGAGGCUCGGGGACCGGCGAGUUCAAAUUCUUUAAGCCGAUUAUCCCCAGUAUCCAGGCUGAGUGUUCUGGGAGGAAUAUGGUAGAUAAUCCCUUCUUGAAAUAGAUUUUCAUUUAAUUUUCAGUAAUAAUUCCUUUUAUAGUUUCUUGUAGUUUCAAGUGUUAAACAACCAUAUCGAUAUUUAGUUCUAAAACUUCAAGUUAAAUUAUUGUGGACCAUAAAGGCAAUAUUUAUGUAUGCUUUUACAAUGUUAUUUCAUCCUUUCCUGCAUUAAUCAAAUUAGCUUUACUUAUUACCAUAUAUAAAUACUUAUGAGGUUUAAUUCUGUCCAAAUGUGCAAGGAUUUAGUUAUUCUUUCUCAGUGUAGAAAACGAAGGUUUUGAUUUUUCUUCUGGGAUGUUUUAUGGUCUGCACUUCAUAAUCCUACCUACCUUGUGCUUCCUUCAAGUAAGAUGACAUACCUGCACUUUUACCCUUAUUCUAACAUUGUUUAAUCGUGUUAAAAACUAUCAUCUGACAUUUUAAAAGAAGUAUUUCUCUAUUAUUCUGCUCACGAUAAAUGAAGCAGAUCGUUCUGUGAGUGAUGUUGGACUCCUGCAAUACCUGUAUUUAUGUCAUUUCAUUUCCUUUAAACAUUCUUAGCUAAUAUUUUCUAAAUGUUCAUUUCUGCUAAUAUAUAAAACAAAUCUUGUCCCAUAAUUCAAACAAAAUGUAAUGACCUGCAUGAAAAUGACUAUAAAUAAAAACAUUUUUGAAAA